GUGUUUAUAAGAAAUCAAAGAGAGGGGGAGCAAGCAGCACCUUUUAUAGUGAGUCAGGCUUACCUGGUUGUUGCCAGGUAAGUGUGGGGCGGAGCAUACCUGGUUGUUGCCAGUUAACUGUGAGGUGGAGCUUAGACAAUGCUAACAAUACCUAUGAAUGUGUGGGCCCCGCCUUUAAUCCCAGGAACUGGGGAGCUGAGACAGGCGGAUCUCUAUUGAGUUCAAAGUCAGCCUGGUCUAUAUAGUGACUUCCAGACCAUCCAGAGCUACAUAGUGAGAUCUUGUCUAGAACAAAACGCAUAGGGAAACAAUGAAGAAUGACAGACACGCAGCACUAGUUUAGUAAGUUAAAGAAAUGAUGGACACAUACGCAAGAACAAAAAGCUAAACCAACAACCAGACCUGGGGAAGUGUGGCCUCAUCCCUGGACUACAAACCGGUGCAUCAUGGGACGAUUUAAGGGGCAAAACCGAAGCCAGACGCGGUGGAUUAUGGGAGGCGUUUCUAAAGGCCGCGGGAGCGGCAAACCGAGAAAGUCGCGUGAGUCGGGGUGGGCCAGCCUGACUGGGGCCCAAGCCUGUUCCCCGAGCCCACGGCAGGAUGCAGUGCCACGCUUCCGCUGGCCCAGCGAUGCUGAGUGUGCGUCCUCUACUCACAGCCCUGCCAUGUCCGGCUGCGAACUGCCCAUGGGCCUGUGCCCAGACAUGUGCCCGGCCGCCGAGCGCGCCCGACGCGAACGCGAGCGCCGCCUGCACCGACUGGAGGUGGAGCCAGGCGGCGGUGGAAACGCUCCCCGAGCCGACCCGAGGCGCACAGUGAAGGAGUACAGCCGGCCGGCAGCGGGCAAACCCCGGCCCCCGCCAAGCCUGCUGCGGCCGCCCCCAGUGCUCCUGGCCACCGUGCGCUAUCUGGCCGGUGAGGUGGCUGACCGCGCCGACGUGUCGUGCGCGGAGGUGGCGAGCUUCGUGGCCGAUCGCCUGCGCGCAGUGCGACUGGAUCUGUCGCUGCAGGGCGUGGGCGACGCGGACGCGGCAGCGGUGCUGGAGGCUGCGCUGGCCACGCUGCUGGCUGUGGUGGCUCGGGUGCGGCCAGAAGAGACACGCGGAGCCGUGGACCCGGUGCUGCUUCAGACUCAGGUUCAGGAAGGCUUCGGUUCGCUACGGCGCUGCUACGCCCGGAGCAAAGCCCCGCACCCCCGCCAGGCUGCCUUUCAGGGCCUGUUUCUGCUCUACAACUUGGGUUCUGUGGAGGCCCUGCAGGAGGUUCUACAGCUGCCGGCCGCCCUGCGUGCCUGCCCACCCCUUCAGACUGCCCUGGCUGUUGAUGCUGCCUUCCGGGAAGACAACUAUGCCCGACUGUUUCGCCUGCUUCGCACCUUGCCCUACCUACAGAGCUGCGCAGUGCAGGAACACAUUGGGCAUGCCCGCCGCAAAGCCCUGGCCCGCCUGGCCCGUGCCCUGAGCACUCCGAAAGGACAGACUUUGCCUUUGGACUUCAUAGUACACUUUCUGGCCCUGGACGGACUCCAGGAAGCACAGGACCUGUGCCAGGCCCACGGACUGACCUUGGAUAAAGGCAGAGUUGUAUUCCUGAGGGGUCAAUACUCUGAGGAAGGACUCCCACCCUCUGGUACCUGCCACAUAUUAGUGGGAAGCAAGCUGCGGGGACACACCCUGGAGGAAGUGGUCAUGGCGGAGGAAGACAAGGACGUUCCCAGACCUGGGUCUCCAGCUUGAGAGGGCCUCAUCUCCCACAAGGCCUAGAGUAGAGCACCUAGGGUUCUUCUUCAAGGUUCCAAACAAUAAAAGGAACUCAUUAUGAUUUCCAAACGAUAA